AGUGAAGAAAACGAACAGAUGUGUGGCAGUUGCAUAGAGCCGUUGGGUCUGUAAAGAGGGUUUAUUUAUACAAUGAUUAACCUCUAAAACGGUCAUAUUCAUUUUCGUGUCGUGUGGUAAAAAAGUUUUAGUAACUUGGUUUCGUCGCGGACCGAGAAAAUGAUACCGCGAACACUCCUGUUUUGCGCUGGCCUACUGUGGAUUGUCAAUGUACAAGCGGCUGUCACUAACGAAGAUAUCAGGGUCGCCAUCUUGCAGAUAGUGAAUGUAGUCAGAGCGACCGAUGACAAACUGGAGCGCCACGAAUACAGGGAACGCGUUCUCGGCGAGCAACUCAAAAAAGGCAUGAUCAACAUCGAUAAACGGAUCAAAAUGUUGGACCCGUUGAAAGGCACCGUGAGCAGAAUAGACGAACGGUUGGCGACGGUCGAAACCAUCCUGAUGCAAAAGGAUCGAGACGAGAAGGAACGACAGAUGCAGCAGAAGAAAAUUUACGAUGCGAUUUUGGAUUUACAAAAGAACCUGCCGUUGAUUAUCGAUCAACUCAAUACGGAUUUGAGCAGUAAGAUAAUUAUGAGCCAGCCUCCUGCGGCCAUUAGCGAGCCGGUCAUGUCCAAAAAGGACUUCGAGAAGAUGGAGAACGAAGUGCUGCAAAGGAUCGCGAAGGUAUCGACCACGAUCGACAACAUGGAACACGAGUUGUCCAAAUUGCGCGACGACAACUUGAGCAGUAUUAAAGAUUUGAGCAAUCGCUCCACCGAAAGUCUUGAAAAAGUGAAGAGGCAACUCGACACCAGCGAACAACUAUUGGCCAGAUACGAGACCAAAUUGGCAGAGUACAAUAACAAGAUUCCGGAAGCGACACCGGUUAACUACAAAGAGCAAGAGGAGUGGAAGGAGAGUUUAAUGAGAGCGCUGGAAACGCAAAAAUCGCACGUAAAAGAAAUCCUGAACGACUUGAAAACCGUCCAAACCCAAGUGAAAGACAUCCCCACCAAAACGGACAUCGAACAUGUCCAAAACAGCACCCUCUACAAAUUGGAACAAUUGAAAGGAGAUGGGUCGCGCGCUACGGAGCAAAUCCCGUCGCCAGACUCUCUCGAACCAUUAGCGAAGUCCAUCGGUGAGAUAAAAGACGAAGCCGCCAGAAAUCGAGAAUCUUCAGAGAGGUCCUUCAAUCAAUUGACCGAAAUAACUUCGCACUUGACGGAGAGCUUCUCGAAAAAUUACGAGCAGAUAAGCUCGGAAAUUAAAAACCUGGCGAAAAUCGAACAGGUGGUGAUGCACACCGCCGACGACGUGCUGGACACGAAACGUCGAGUAGAAUACUCGGUACAUCAGAUCUUGGCGGAGGUCGGGAAACAAGCGAAGGAAAAUUCGAAAGCCAUCAACGACGGUAUCAGCGAGAGAUUCGACGCGUUCGAACUAAUGAUUUUGGACGAGGACUCGGGCGCUUUACACAAUUUAACGUCUAAAAUAGGAGAGGAGAUAGACCAGGUGUGGCGACAAAUCGGAAUAAUGCAUCAACAGAUGAGCGCGAGCACAGACACCCUCAACAAGUUGCAGAAUCAGACCGACGCCUAUGUCAACGGUUCCCUAGACGUGAUGGACAGUAUGAAAGGAAAAGUUGGUCAAAUCACUAGCCACAUGUCCGAAGUGGAAGAAAAUCUAAACUACCUGCUGGGUCGACUGUCGCUGGUAACCCAAGAAUUCAACCGGAUAAAGUCCGGCUUGGGAUCUGCCCUGGACGAGAUACGGGCCAGCUUUCAAACCGUGCAGGACAAGUUAAAAAACAAAGGCCCUGGUCCGCACAAAAUAUCCAGCAACGAAAUAAUCGAAACUUCGUAAAUGACGCACAUUAAUCGUUCGCUCGUAAUUCAAACCCGAUCGGUUUUGAUAACCGAUUCAAUUAGUUCAAUUAGGUUCUAUGUAAUUUGUAAUAUUUUUGCAAAUAAAGAUUUCCGAAGGAAGGUAUACUCCCCAACCCACACCAUAAACAAAACAAUUCCUUCGUGUGUAAUAUAGUAUUACGAAUAAUUUAAUAUAAACCUCACAAU